UCAAAGUUUCCGGGAAAGAAAGCAAAGUAAACAGGUUGAAGAUGGACAUGGAUCAAACGUGGCACAAAACAUGCCGCAUUCCAAGCCCAAAGCCAUUUUAGAACGUUCGCGAAUUUAUCUUAAAAAUAUCUGGUUAUUUAUUUAAUUAAUAGAGAAGCGUUUGAUGCGUUUGCCAGCAAACAAAAGGAAACUCCAUCGAAUUUGCAAAAGAAAAUAUUUUAUCCCAUAAUUUGAUGGGAUAUCCUGACAAUCCUAAAAUUAUGAUAUCUGCAAUAGUUCUGUAUCUGCUUCUUCUGUCACAUCAAACAGGGUCAGAGGAGCAGGUGCAGCGCUAUAUUAUUAGAGAGAAGGGUGAGAAUGCUGUACUACAGUGUCUUGACCAGCCAGUUAAUGAAUCUUCACUUCUUUAUCGUUGGAAGAAAGAUGGGAUUGUUGUUGCAGCGACAGAGCAUCUUUCCAUUUUAAACAAUGGCUCUCUUUUGAUCAGUGGCCUUCAGUCUACAGAUGUAGGCCAGUAUGAAUGCGAAUCCCAAACAAAGAAUGGCAUCUUAUGGCAAACUAUCUCAAACAUCCUGCUCAGAGUGUCUGAGGGUCCAACUAGCAUCUCACUGGCCAUAAAACCAGCAACUCUCUUACCGAAUGGAACAUUAUAUGUUCAAAAAGAUUUAGAUGUGUAUUUUAACUGCUCUAGUGAGUGUUUUCCCUCACAAAACUUGACAUGGACUGUUGAAAAUUUGGCGCUGGACAUUAAUGACAAGGCAUCUGGGAACAAAUCAUUCCUUGACUUCUUCAUAAGUAAAAUCCAACCAAGCCAUCAAGGGAUUUACACCUGUACAUCCCAGAAUACACUCUCCAAGACAACUGUGAACAAGAGCCAGGAGCUGUUAGUUUACUAUGCUCCAGAGAGGCAUCCGGAGUGCAGUUGGGUGAUACUAAAUGAGCCAUACGAUGUCUUGUUCAAAUGUAAAUGGAAUGGAGGUUACCCUGUGCCCACUCUGAACUGGCAGGAGGUCCGUGAAGAAAAUGUUAUAGCCAAGGGUCCCACGAUCAACUCCACGUCUCAGGAGACCGAGUGUUUGGAGGUCUAUGUGAAUAGCACUAUGAUGCACAAUGUAAAGGAAGUGAAGUGUAUCGGACAUCACGUGACUGGUGUGGAGAAAAACUGCUCCUUUGAGCUCAAGAGGCCAUAUCCAUUAGGAGAUCCCUUGGUGACCGCUCUGGAGGGCAGUAAUAUCACCCUCAAAUGUACUGAGACCGACUCUCUGCCACCAGCUAAGACUGUCUGGAAACAAAAGGACAACAUAAUCAUCAACACCACCUCCAAAUAUAUUGUGGAAGAUAAAAACCCCCAUUACAAACUCAUUAUAAUCAAUGUAACAAAGGAAGAUGAAGGGGCCUACUACUGCUACAGUGAAAACCUUCUUGAUGCAAGAGCACUGGAAGUGUUUCUAACUGUGAAGACCUCUGCAGGUAAUGGAGGGGUCGUAGUUGGUGUCUUUGUGUCCAUUUUGAUAAUGAUGAUUGGAGUCACUGUUGGUGUGAUGGUAUAUUCAAAGCGGGACAGAAUUUGUAUUGGUUUAGGAUUUAGUCAUUUAGACAAUGACAGAUGGGACGUACUGAGUUUGGUGGACUCAGAUGAAGAGGAAAUUGUCCAUGAAACUGUUCCACAACUCCCUCCGCCGACAAACGGCCAUGCAACCACACUCGUAGAGAUUCACAGAAUACCAUCUGUUAACAGUGAUCAUGAAGAUAAUGCAGACAGUACCGAUCACCAAACACAAACAGAACCAGUACAACAGUCAGCAGACAGUUAGUUAACACUUUAAAUGUACAGAAAAUUAAUUAUUUGGGUCAGCUCUGCUAAUAUAUGUGUUUGUUUGUUUUUUGUGUAAUAUUAUCCUUUUAUAUAAUUUCAAGUGUAAAGAUCUUAAACUUAUUUUAGAGAGGCCCCGUUUUUAUUUUCAGUAUUAGUUUUUAAUAUACUGGGCUGGCCUCACAUCUUUCAAUUCAAACUUUUACUACUCCAUACUGUGUUAUGAAAUGUUAUUGUUACUUGUUUGAAUAAUACUUUCUGUAAAAAUGUAUGGUUGAAUCUCAACAAAAUAUGUCUGGGUCUUGGCAAAACAAUAAUAAUAUCUUAAGGGAAGCCUA